AUGGGGCGCGAGAAACGCGCGCGCAAGAAGCCACACUGGAUGAAGGAGUGCCUGGACGAGGACGGAAUCAACCAUGAAAUUGCUGCAGACCCCGGCACGGAAGUCGACCACAAGCAGAUGCCGCCCACGCGCAAGAAGAAGCCGCGCGCCGAGGAACCCGCGCGGCCCCAGCCGGCCGCGGGAGCCGUCCAGUCCGCGGCAAUGCAGCAGCAGCACCACCAGCAGCACCCGCAGGCCCGGGGGCAGCAGGGGUACGUGCACCAGCAGAUGAUCACCAACAACCCCCAGCUGCAGCAGGCCCUGCAGCAGUACCUGCAGCAGCCGCAGCAGAAGCCGCCCGCUGAGGCCAACCCCCCCGCCACCGAGUCCAAGCCUGCGCCCGCGCCCGAGGCCAAGCCCGCCGCCGCCGAGCCCGCGGAGGCGCCCAAGCCCGCGACGCCCGCGAAGGCGGACGACGCCAAGCCCGCCCCCGCGCCGGAGAAGCCCGCGUCCACGGCCAAGCCCGCGGCGCCCCCCGCGGACACCACGGCCCCCAAGGAGGCGCGCGCGCCCGCGGACGACACGCCCAAGGAGGGCGCGGGAGAGAAGCCCAAGGAGGGGGCGCUGAAGGCGGAGGCGGCUGCGGAGAGGAACGGCGACGAGGGGCAGGGGAGCGCCGAGGGCGGCGAGGUCCCGGCGGUGUAG